GACUUACCACCAGGGCCACCGGCGGGACCAGGUCCGCCCCGACCUCCUCCAACUGAAAUUGACAAGAGAUUUUUGAUAGAACUUGAAUCAUUUGCGGAAAGUGGAGCUUUUGGGAUUUGGUUUUGGGAUUAUUUUUAUUUCUACGAGGAAGCGAGAGAUUUUCGUUAUGCCUGA